AUGAGGCCUCUCGCUGCUCUGCUCGUCGUCCACAUCCACUGGCUACUCUUGCUUGCAAUGGUGCCGCCAAGAGUCCAGUCUUCCCCGGCGCCGGCGCCGUCCGCCUUCCAUCACCUGGCACUCGCCGCCCACGAGUACAACGCGACGGUCUACAAAGCCUCAGCAGCGCGCUGCGCGGGCUGCGGCGCGUGGGCGGAGGCGGUGGAGUUCCUCUACUACCACAACGUCGUCCGCAUGGCGCGGUGGGAGCUGCCCCUGACGUGGUCCGCCCGCCUCGAGGCCUACGCGCGGUGGUGGGCGUCGCAGCGGCGCGGCGACUGCGCGCUGCGGCACUCGUUCCCGGAGGGCCAGUUCGCGCUCGGGGAGAACAUCUUCUGGGGCGGCGCCGGCGCGGCCUGGAGCCCCGGGGACGCCGUCAAGGACUGGGCGGCGGAGGGCGUGGACUACUCGUACGCCGCCAACGCGUGCGCGCCGGGCCGGGACUGCGGCCACUACACCCAGAUCGUGUGGCGCGGGACGGCCUCCGUCGGCUGCGCGCGCGUCGUGUGCGACGACGGCGGCGUCUUCAUCACCUGCAACUACUACCCGCCGGGCAACGUCGUCGGGCAGAGGCCCUACUGA